AUGCCUUUGACCUCGGUGGGUCAUAUCCCGACGUUUGUUUUGUGCGUCAAUUUAUUGUUGGGCGAAACGCAGGAGGACCUGAGGGAGAAAGUAAACGCUAUGGGCGGGAGCUUCGACGUGAACCUGACCAUGAGCACCACCCACCUCCUGGCGGCAUCCUUGGACACAGAGAAGUACAGGGUAGCUACCGGGAUGAAGGGUGUUGUUGUCGUCCGACCGGACUGGGUUACCGAGAGCUGCAGGGAGGGGCGAAAGCUGCCUUGCGAGCGCCACUCACUCCCGCCUUUCGAGGGGCUCCGUAUCACGAUCACAGGCCUGUCAUUGGACCGAAAGGCGGAGCUGCGAGCGAUGAUCGAGAGCGGGGGCGGUGAAUACAUGGGGGCGAUGGAAGCGCGGAACACCACGCACCUGGUAGCAGAGGAGGCUACCGGCAUGAAGUACGAAGCAGCCAUCAGCCCCGAGUGGAACGGGAGUAUCAAGGUCGUGCACAGUCGAUGGCUCCAGCAGAGCCACGCCCGCAAUCAGGCCCGAUCGCCCGCGUGGAAGCCUGCUCCCAUCGUCGACAUUCACCCCGCUGAACGCUCCGAUCGACCCUUUUGUAUCGUGUUCCCACCGCUCCUUCUCGCCCUCUCUCUACCAGUUCGGCUGCCAGAAGAACAGUUCCCCGUGGCACCCCACCACGACGAAAAACAAAAGGAGGAGGAGGAAGUGGAAGUCGAGGAGGAGGAAGGAAAGAGGGAGGGGGCGCACGAAGCACCAACUCAGGAUAGCGGCAAGGGGCGACAGCAGCAGCAGCGGCGGCCAGGUGGCCCUGCUGAGCCUUCUUCUACAGCCGCGGCCAGCUCGCGCUAUCCCUGGGCAAAUGGGGAAGGUGACAACGAUGCUGCCGCCGCCGGCGGUAGACCAGAGGGAGUUCCCACCAAGGAAGAGGCGUUGGCGCUGCCGGACGGCGACUACCUCUCCGGCUGCCGCGUUAUGAUUGUCGGUUUUCCCGCGGAGGCGGUGCUGCCGCUUUCGCUCCUGGUUCGCAAGGGUUGCGGGAUUAGGUACACCUCCCCCAACGAGGAACUGACCCACGUCGUCUUGGGAGACCGGACGCUGGCCAAGCCCGAGCUGAUCUCGGCGCUCGAGUCCCAUCCGUGCACCCCCCCGGUGGUGCACGCGCUCUGGCUGCUGGAGACGUGCCGCGCCGGGCGGAUGCUCCCGACGGAUGGGUACUUGAACCAGCCACCGGCUGUUCGGGAGAGGAACCGCGUAGCUGCUGGCAGUGGCGGCGGCGGCAGCGGUGGCGGUGGCGGUGACCGUGGAGGAAGGGGUGGGGGGGGAGGCAGCGGCGGCCGCGGGUCCAUUGGGCGGAGGUUUGGAGUAGGUGCCAACAGGUCGAUCGGUAGCGGUGGGGGCGGUGGCGGUGGCGGCGGCGACGGCGGCGGCCACGCGGGUGACCCUCCCAAGAAGGGCAAUAAAGCUGGCGGCGGGGGGGUAGGAGGGGGGAAGGAGACGGCGAGGAUGGGUCACGGCAGCUCCGACGUAUUUGGCAACGGUGGGGACGUAAGUUGUGGCGAUGGUUUGCAAGGCUUAACGAAGGGAGCGAAAGGCGCCGCCGGAUCGCUGCACGAUCGGAGCGUUGUGAGUGGCACCGGUGUCAGCGCUGGCGCCGAAGAUGGAGGUCAGGCUGGGAUCAGAAAUGCGCCGUUCCGAGCGGGGGGGGCAACGCCGACCGCAAGUGGCUCGUCCGCAGCAGCGGGGGGGGUGGCGGCUGUGCCAGUCCAAGAGCUCGCACCAGCAUCGGAAGCGAUAACAACGUCCGCGGCGAAAGCAGCACCAGCCCCUUCAGCGAGAGGUGAAAUAUCGACCAUCGUACCCGAGCCGAGUGGUCCUGGCUUCCCCAAAAGGAGGAAAGCCGAGGAGCAGCAGGAGGAGGAGGAGGAGCUGGACGAAGACGGCGCAAGGCCGGCACCGCGAGGAUGUAGAACGCCAAAGCGACAGAGAACGAGAACAGUAGGAGGCCCCGUUGACAGCGGCAAGUGUUCGGCCGGCGGGGGAAGUACUAGCGGGAACAGCGGGAGAAUCAGCACCAGCGGCGAUGGUGGCGGCGGAGGGGAGGGUGCAGUCCGGAGGAGUAGCAGCGGGAACCGAAGAGGCGACGGGGGCGGUGAUGGUCGUAGUAAGCGCCGGCAAUCUCUGUCGUCGAUGUUCCGCGGGCGAGUUUUCGUCUUGCACGGAACCGGGCUAGAGAAGGAGGAGGAAGUGAGGAUGGCGGGUCUCGUUGCAAGGCACGGCGGGCGUUGCCUGGACCCCUGCGCCUCCUCUCCGUCCCUCCUCCGGCAGUCUCUGCUCUCCGCCGGCGUCGAGCUCACGUCCGCCGCCUCUCCGGCCGCCGCCCCCUUAUUAGCCCCUCACUGCCAGGAGGAGCAUGUCCAGGCUAGCGGCGACGGCGGUGGUAGCGUCGAAGAUCGCGUUGUUGUUUCGUCCUCGGCCUCGGCGCGGUCAUCGACGUCGCCGAUCGGCGGUUCUGGUUCUUUCCCGGGUUCCGGUUCGACCGAGGGCCACGAACGGUGCGCCGCUGCCGCCGGCGUCUUGAUCGUCGGCGCGCACGGCCGUUGUCCGUGGGAAGCCCUCGCGGCCUGCGGCGGUGGCGUCCAAAACGGCGGCGACGACAGCGGUGGCGAUGGUGAAACCGUCGCGAUGCCGGGUGGGCUGCGAGCUCUCUUGGAGACGGAGGCGGGCGCGGAGGCGGUGUCGACGCUCUGGGUGGAGGCUUGCCACCGCGGCAGCGAGCUCCGGCGGCCUGGCUUGUGCGAGCGGGCGUUCCGCCCGCAGCCCUGGCCCAUCAGAACGUUCUCAGAUGUUUCUUGCGGGUCGUCCUUCUCUUCUUCGCCUGGGACGACGACGGCGGCGGCGGGCGGUGGGCGGAAGAACGUCACGGCUCGCGAUCGGCCUCCAGCCAUAGCGGUGACGGGCUUUGUCGGGACCGAGAGGGCAGGGUGGGAGCUGCUCAUCCAGCGCAUGGGGGCUACGAUGUGCAAGAACCUCAAGAAAAGAGUCACGACCCACCUGGUGACCAUUGACUCCGUCCUAGAUAAUCUCGCAGAUGGGUACCCGAGGGUGGGUGAUGUCGCGAAGGGGGAGAAGUUCGAGAGGGCUAUCCAGUGGGGGGUGCCCGUCGUUACGGCGGGGUGGCUCUUGCGGUGCGCGGAGCACGGAUUCGAGCCUGGGCUGGAGGGAAGUUUCGCCCCUCCCCAAUCGCUGUCGACAGUGGCACCGGUGGACACGGCGACGGAAUCAACUUCAGCAGCAGCAGCAGCAGCGCCAGCGACAUGUGUGGGUGUGCCCGUGGAUGAGAACAAGCCGCCAACGCAGCCUUUUUCGGCCGAUGUUCCUGGGGUGGAGCACAGGCUGUCGGACGGCAGCCCCCACAACAAGAGCAGAAGCAGCAGCAGCGGCAGGGUUGCAAUUGCGACUGAUUGUGAGGUGGUGGUUCAACCGCCGUCGCCACCCGCGAUAACCGCAACGACCUGUGGUUCAGGCGAUGGAGGCGAGGCCCUCCCGAAUGAGACAAGUGGUUCCAUGCGGGAGGGAGGCUGUGGACGAUCGUUGCCAUUGGCGGGGGGAUCACCGCUAAUUCCCCAGCGUCAGCACCAGCAGCAGCGGCGGCACGAAGGUGAUGACGUUCGGGGUGAAGACGGCCACCGCCCCAACAACCCAUCCGGAGACCCUCGCGCCCUCGCCCGUGAAUUGCUUGCUGCUGGCGGUCAUGCAGAAGUCCCCCCGCUGUCCCCAAGGAAAGCUCCGAAAGACGAAACGGCGGACCCCGAACAGGCGGAGGGGACGGAAGGCAUUCGGACCAUGGGAGUGGCGACCGCCGUGGUAAGUCAGUGCUCCACACCACCACCUCUCGCGAUGGGUGCUUCCCGGAAUGUUUCUGACCGCGCGCGCGCAUCGUCGGAUAGGAUGGCGUCACGAACUGCAGCGGGCAGCGGCGGCGGCGGAUCAGAGAGGCGAGAAAGCGGGGAGCAUCACGGUAAUGGUUGGCCACACGAGAGUGCCGUGCAUGGUGCGAGGGACGGCAACAACGACGAAAGCACCAACAGCAUACGACACGACAGCGAUGUCGGCCAUAACGAAAAUAGCGCUACGGCCGCAACCACUUCGGCUACUACCGAAAAUACCGCCCCCAGUACCGGGCUUGAACAACAGCUCCUGUCGAUGCUUUCGGGGGCCCGACGUAGCAACGGCGGCGGCGGCGGAAGACUCAGUGCCAACGACGCCCCUCCGGGAGGAGCGGGCCGUCUUCAAGGGCCCCGGGCGCGGAGGCUGCGGCUGAAUGCGUGGAGUGCCCGCCCGACGUCGACUCGCGCAAGCCCCUCUGCCCAAUCGUCAGCUCCUACGGCCGGCGGUACCGCAGUUUCGGCUCGAUGUGCCCUGGGUGAGGCUGCGAGAGGAUCGGGUGUCGCGCCGUCCUGCUUUCCGCCUCCCGCUCCCCACCACCUAGCCUCUUCUCGCCUUCCGUCAGUCGGUGACGGAGACGCCCCCUUUCGUGGCCCGUUUUCGGCGGAGACUAGCCGUGCAGCGGUUGGCCGCUUGAGUGCUGAGUGGCCCUCGCCAAGCCCUAGCGGCGCUUCUCCUUCUGGUUCGUCAGGACGAGAGUACCGAGCAGGGCCGGGAGAAGCAGCAGCAGCAGCAGCAGCAGCAGCAGCAGCAGCAGCAGCAGCAGCAGCAGCAGCAGCAGCAACAUCAAUGAUCUCUGCAGCCGACGACGACGACAAAAAUGACGGUGGAACGGACGCAUCCUCCUCGCCGUUCAGUGGAACUGGCCGUCGUCCGGGGGGUUUGAGACCCGGUCGGCGUUGUCAGCCAAAUCAAGGCUUUGACGGAGGAGGAGUGAGUGUAUCCCCGCGAGAUGCACGACUUCUUCUUCAUUCUGACGAGCCGGGGCCACCGUCUGACGGGAGGACGGAUGGCGGCGGCGGCGGCAGCGACAGCGGUGGCUACGGAGGCGAUGUCACCGGGCUUGAGAACGAGCCAGGCGAAGGCUGCAUAGGCGUCGGCGUCAGCCGCGGCGGCGGCCUCGUCGGAAGACACCGGGACGGCGGGCUUUCGCGCGAGUCAUCGUCUGAUGAUAUCGGUAAAGUCGGAAGCGGUUCACUCACGCCAGUUGAGCAGGAAAACGACAAGUCGCAGAGGAGACGCGGCGGCGAGCAGCAUGCGGAAGCAAUGACACCAUUCUCCCACAUCCUUUGUGCGCCGCCCGUGUGUUGGUUCAGAACGCGGCGGAGGCGCCCCGCGACCAACAACAGCAGCAGCACCGGCAAGAAGAGCAUGCGGGCGGUAGGGCGGCCGAGGCUUGGUACGGCCGUGACACAAGCAGCAUCGACAGCGGCGGGAGUAGGCGGCGGAGUAGUUGCGAGCGGGGGCUUGACCCGAAGCGCCCCCCCGUCAGUCGGCAUCAGCGACGGCGUGAACAGCGACGGCCGCAGCGGCAACAGCACGACCGGCAGCGGCGGAACCAGGAGAAUCGUUAUGGGCACCGCCACGAGCUAGAGUAUCAGCAGCAGGACUCACUCGGAAUGGAGGAAGAGUCCCAGAUCGUCACGUAUGGGGAGCAGUACAACCCCGCUACGGGAUGGAUCCGUUAGCAUUAUGUGGUACCAUACACCGAUGUAUAUACCGAUGUGCAAGAUUAUAUCGAUGUCAGUGCAAGAGCGUGGCGCGCAGUGAAAUUGUGUCGUAUGAGACGGUGUUCUGUGCUCGGGUCGCAUGGACGGAUUGCUGUAGUUCGAUUUUGUUUCGAAAGAGGCGUAGAACCCACCUGCGUGCUGUUGAUGGCAAACUCCUUUACCGAGCCCUUGCUCUUGUCGGGGGCACCCCUCCCUGUGCUCGCAAUAUUGAGGCAGUGAAGCGAUAACACUGCAAAAUACAAUAGCCUAGAUUGUGUUGGUUGAUCGAGCAGUCGGACACGAGGUUUGCAUGGAAAGGAUAGUGGAUUUGUUCGAGGCCGUUUCAAGCAGAUACUCCUUCGAUCCAGCUGUACCGAUUAGUGCGGAAAUGCGCCAGUACAAACCACACUUCUAGGAUCGAUGGCUGGGGUAUCUUUGUAUCUUUGCCACCGUGGCUGUAACAAGUGAAGCUCUUGCCUCGUUAUGCCUUAUUCUGGACAGUAAUAUCCCCGUACCCCAACAUGCGGCGGCGAGCUCUACGUAAAUCAUUCUUUCUAGGAUAUGCACGAAGAUAGACCCACGUGGGGAAAUGUACAACCGACGUCUCAACAACACUGUAUUUGGGGUAUCUAAAUGUCCCCGCCCCCUUGACCGAUUUUCAAAGAUCGAUUGUUCCACAACCAAAACUUGUCAACACCAACAAUCAUGUGAUUCUGGAAACUUUCGUCUAGGGCUUUCCGUAGAUCGAUCGGGCUCAUUCCGCACCUACUGGUUUGUGGAGCAAUCGAUCGUGACAGCAGAAGUGGGUCAAGGAGGCGUGCCAUCUCUCGCGCGACGGGAUCUGUCUAUCAGUCGCCACCGCGAAGAAAGUUUGGAACAGCAGUGGUCGCGGGUUCAAAUCCCGUCUUUUUCGAUCUAGCGGGGUACAAAAUCACACGAAGCACAUAUCCUUAAGUCUAUUGUAAUCCCGGUGCGAUAUCGAACCAGCCAUGCGUAUGCACGCAGCAGCAGCACUUGGCUAUCACACUACUCUGUACUGCUCCUGGACGCUGAAGCAUGGAGAAUGGAAGAACGUGAAACGGCAGAAAUUGUGCCGUCCACGGGCAGACUUUUUGGUACCAUCCGUGGUUGAGUGGUUACUAUUAAUACGUGGUUACGUUUAGUCUAGGCCUUUGCUCCAUCGGCCGUGUAUGACGGACAAAAAGAAGGUGGCCAUGUUUGCGCGUUUGCUUGUCAUUAGUGGUCUCUCCACCGUGUGCCUUUUUCUGUCUCUUAUUUCUUGUUAUUUUCGGCCUGGUCCCCGUUUUGUCCUCACUCUUUUAUUUCAAUUUUCUCUUUCCCUGUUUCCUUUUCUUUUCUUCUCUUUUUCUCCUUUUCUCUCUUCUUCUGUGCCAGAUGGCCUUGUCUCUGCUUGCGUUGUGAAGUGCCAAGAUUGAACCAAGGGGGUGUACCUCAUUCUCUCCGGCCCGUGAUGGUGAAUCCUAGUCUCAGUUGUUACCUCGCAUAGCGCGCAGAGGGAGUGGAGGACUCCAAAAUAUCUUUGAUUUCUAAUGACUUGCGGACCCCUCGGGGCCAUUUAUUUGAGUGUACCUUUCUAGGCAACGAUGUGAAGACAACAAGUGCGCAGAACCUCGCUGCUCCCACAGCCGUUGGGCACAUGCUUCGAACGUGGAGCAAGUCGCCGUUCCUCCGAACGCCAAGUUGUGAGCUCCCGCGUGUCCGGUUUGCUGUUGGCAGAGAAUGCACUGAGCGUCAGCCUAACUGAAAGGCUAGACUACUACUGCUGUAGUCGGGAAAAAGACGAGAACCAACCACGGAGGAGGCCGGCGGGCGCUUCCAUCAUCAUUCCUCGCCCCAGACCGCCGAGGCCCCGCAGUUUCACGUUUGUUCGCGUUCUUGUGCUGGAGUGCCACACGGACACGGGGAAGACGGCGGGAUACCCAAUCUGUGGUAGGCAGCGAUACGGAGAGCAGGCAAGAAUGUUUUGUUUUCAGCGGCAAUCGUCAACAACACGAGUAUGAGUGCAGACAGCAGCGACACUUUACUGCACUACUGAAAGGACUUCACUGCAAAAGAAGGAGCUGUUCUGUAUUUGGAGCACGAGCAUCUGAUCGGAUAGCGCCGGAAGGAUCGGCAGCGAAGGUGGCUUCACACGAGGAGGCUGCACCACAAACAAUCAGAGAGACAGGAAGCUACAGCGGGCAGCAAAGAGACACCGAACAGCAAGAUGCACAGGAGAGGCCGCAGUGCCGGUUCGAGGGUCGGUGGAGUUGUGCCAAGAAGGGCGAGUGACCCCCAGGAUGACGUUGCUGGUGUUGGCAACGGCUCUGCUCCUCGUAGUCUUCUCCGAAUACGCGCGAUCCAAAUCAGCGCCCUCGGUCGACGGCGUGGAUUAUUCCGCUAGCGGUGGUGGACGUGGUACAAGCGGCGUCCGCCACCCCUCAACCUUAGCAGCGACCACAACAAAUGCCCCCCCCCGCAAUGUUCUCACCGAACAACGUUCGGUAACAGCAGCCACGAACAGUUACCUGCGCGGCAGAGAGGCAAGGCAACAAGACCGGAGAAACAACAGAUAUAUGGGGAGGCCACCCGCGUUCGCCGCGGACCCAAAGGAAACAACUGACCGUCCUGGAAAUGCCGCUGUAGCCGUAGCAAAUUCGUCGGAGCAAAAAAAAGAAGAGCCAUCGGGGUUUGGGACAGUGUCGGGUAGGAGCAAAGGCUUUCACAACGUAGACGAAAAGGAGGCAGGGGCGGUGGGGAUGGAGAAAAACUACAACAGCAUGGCGGUGGCAGCAGCAGAAGCGGCCGCAGAGGCCGCAGCGGCGGCAGCGGCGAUGAUGCAGAAGGGGCGGGAACAUGAGGAUGAUUCGUACGUCCGGAAUGUCGAAAAGAUCAAUCUCAGUCAAUAUUAGUGUUUAUGCUGUUGUGAACAUCAGUAGUUAGGUAACCACCUAAGGAGUAUCACGAGAGCGAUCUUCGGUAUGUUAACUGUGUAACGUAACCAUAGCAGUAUGGUACAUCGGACCAUUGUCCUAUUGGAUAUUAUUGUACAGGUGUUACACAUUGGACUAGCCACCUGAUCCUGUGAUCGUUACGUUGCAAUAGCCCGUGUGUGUCUUUCUUUCGGGAUGAGAAUCGAUGGCUCGCCCCCGUGGUGCUCGCCCCCACUCUCUCACACUCUCUCCCUCUUUCCUUUCUUCGUACAUCUACCAAGGCCCAUGACCUCUUGAAGGUUCUUCGGGACGCUUGCGAGUCUCAGGACUCUCCCUUUCUCUUUCUAUCAUUUCGGCCGAUAAAGCGCGAAUUCGAACAUUUUGUCCGGUCUACAACACAAGUGUAGUUCACAGUCGCUCUGUGAGCCUCUGCACACUGUUACUGCACAGUGACCAUUGCCAGGGAUACACCCCAUCCAGGGUUUACAUUCUAACUGGUCAUAGAAGCCGUUCAGGUUCUGCACCAGCAUGCCAUCGAGCCCAUUCCAGUACGGUAGAGAUUGCUGGCCCAUUCUUGGAUUGCCUACCAUGGGGUAGACGACGAGUACGGUGGGCAGGACCAAGUCGGGUAGACGCGCCUUGCAUAAGUUUCGUGGGUAGCGGGUGGGGGAGGACGAUCGUUCAUGGCUGGUGGCAUUUUGACCAGGGUAGAGGGGCGGCGUUGGUUCUAGAAGCUCAAGCGAACGUCGACGUUUGGAGGGUUUUCUCCAACAGUAGUGGCUCUGGCGUGCUUUUGAGGUUGGUCCCAGUGUGAGGCCGGAAGCUUUUCAUGUAAAAUUAAUGAUUAAUGUAGAAGGUGCACACGGCCCUCGCGAAAAUAGAGUUGAUGGAUGCGGUUUGAAUAUCAGGGGGCUGGUUCGUGAAUGUUCAUUUUUAUGAACUUCGCCGUUGCUGGUGUUGUGGUUGUUUCAUGACAAUGAACCGUUGGCCUUGACUGGUUGUAAAUAUGUGAUCAAGACGCAGCACAAACACUUUG